CGCUCAAAGGUUACACCCCAGCAUGUGAUUGACAAGUUCUGGGGCAAAUUCACCACCAAGAACCCGGGCAAGGCUACGACUGUCAUCCCCUCCAACACCUACAUCCAGGCUGCUGCCAAGAGAGGCAACAGAGUCACCGCCAGCACCACAGAUGCUUCUUAUGAAGAGGCUGCGGCCACGUGCCGUGCCAAGGUUGAAAAGAUUGUCAAGGAGUGUCGUCGCAUCAACAAGAAGUAUCGCGACCCCCACUUUGACAUUGAAGCCGAUCUCAAGUUUGGCCAGAAUGACUGCCUUCAAUCGCUCUCAAACGUCGAGGACUACACACCUGGCCUUGACAUGCAGCCUCAGAGCGUCAAGCGUGUCGGUGACAUCUUUGACAAGCCCUGCUUCUACAUUGAUGGACCUACUACGAGUGACAUUAGGCAGGGCCGUAAUGGUGACUGCUGGCUCAUGGCUGCUCUUUGCACUCUGAGCAACAAGCCUGGUCUCAUUGAGAGGCUUUGCGUUGCUCAUGACCAAGCUGUCGGUGUCUAUGGUUUCGUCUUUUUCCGCGACGGCGAGUGGAUCUCGGAGAUUGUCGAUGACUAUCUCUAUCUGACCAAGCCCGACUAUGACGAGAGCUAUCUGGAUCGAGUCUUGUUUGAUAAUGUUGAGCGACUUGACCCAGAGGAGGCAUACCGCCGGAUCUAUCAGUCCAACAGCGGCUCUCUCUACUUUGCACAGUGUCAGCAUCCCCAGGAGACCUGGCUGCCCCUUCUCGAGAAGUGCUAUGCCAAGGCCCACGGAGACUACGCCGCCAUCGAAGGUGGCUAUGGUGGUGAGGGUAUUGAAGAUCUCACUGGUGGUGUCAGCAGUGAGCUCUUUGCCAAUGAUAUAUUAGACAAGGAUUACUUCUGGAAUGAGGAACUCCUCAAGGUGAACAAAGAGUUCCUCUUCAGCUGCUGGACUGGCGUCUGGGGCAAUGGCUGGGGCGACCGAAAGGGCAUCAUCGAGCUUCACGCCUACUCGAUCCAGAAGGCUGUCGAGAUUGACGGAAAACGUCUGCUCAAACUCAAGAACCCUUGGGGCAAGGGAGAAUGGAACGGCCCGUGGAGUGAUGGAUCCAAGGAAUGGACCCCCGAGUGGCUUACCAAGCUCGACCACCGCUUCGGCGAUGACGGAGACUUUUGGAUUUCGUACGAGGACCUUCUUAGAAAGUACCAGUCCUUCGAUCGAACCCGUCUGUUCACCCCUGAGUGGCGCGUCACUCAGGUCUGGACUACUCUCUCCGUCCCCUGGGCUCUCGACUACCACGACACCCACUUCUCCUUCACUGUCACCAAGCCAGGCCCCGUCGUGAUCGUCCUGGCCCAGCUCGACGACCGAUACUUCCGAGGUCUUGAGGGCCAGUACCGCUUUGAGCUGGCCUUCCGUGUUCACAAGGCUGGCAAGUCUGACUAUGUUGUCCGCAGCCAGACACCCUACCGGAUGACACGAUCCGCCAACGUCGAGCUUGAACUCGAGGCUGGCGACUAUGAAGUCCGCGUCAAGAUCAACGCCACUCGCAACGAGUCACUCUUCCCCAUUGAAAAGGUCAUCAAGCAAAACGCCAAGUCUCGCCGUGAGAAGCUCCUGCGGAUCGGUCUCACCUACGACCUCGGCCACUGCAAGGGCCGAUUCGUCGAGACCGCCGAGGAAAAGGCAGCUCGCAAGGCGCACGAGGCGGAGCUCAAGAAGAAGAAGAAGGACAGAAUCAGGAAGAAGCUCAUCAAGGACCGAGAGGCGGCUCACUACUUGGCCACCAAGGAGUGGGCGUGGGCAGAGCACAGACGACUGAAGAAGAGGGAGAAGGCUAAG